GCCAGUUCAUUUGACUUGACGCAGGCGACCGCAAGAGCCGCGACAGCCCGAGCGAUUCCUGCCGUCGGAUCUGCCCUCGUUUGAACGUAUCAGACGACAUCUCUCUGGCCGUGCACCCUCAGGACGACAUGGCUGACUGGAAAUCCAUGCCCCCGACGAGGAACCGACAAUUGUCGAUUGGGUCGGUGACAUCGUCGUACUCAUGCAACGAAGAGUACUUUGGCUCGCAGAACACGUGCAGCUCCACAACGUCGUCCGACGAAAGGUGGGCAACCUUUCAAUCCCGAGACACGUGCUAUCAGUGCGGAGAAAAGUUUUCCGUGUGGAAGCGGAGCCAUCGAUGUCGCAACUGCGGAUGGUCGUUCUGCAAAAGUUGCUCGAACCAUCGCGUGGCGCUCAACGGUCAAACGCACAAGUCUCGGGUGUGCGACUUGUGCUUUCCAAAGGUGCUACAAGUCGGCCAAGCUCCUCCAGCGAACUCGUUCUUCAAGGCGUUCGUACCGCGCGGCGUCUUUGCCGGCAUGUUGAGUUACCUGAACUUUGCCGACCUGUGCAUUGUGUCCAUGUGCUGCCGCCACUGGUACAAGCGCGCAUCGCUUGACAUGCUGUGGCGGCCGCUUUAUGCUCAUACGUUUCCCACAGCGGAGUCCCCUGACGCGACAUUCCAGCGACACAUCCACGGCAUCGAGUUUGAGAGCCUGCCGUGGAAAAAAAAGUUCGAAAUGCGGUGGAUUGCGCAGCGCACGGCACAACUCACGGCAGAAAAGAAGAAAUCGUUUGCCGCCAUGGCGGACCUCUUGACGUCCCUCGGCCUUGGAAAGUACACGCCGCUAUUUGAGCAGGAAGAGAUCGACAUCGAAGCGCUGUGCAUGAUGAACGCCGGGCAUUUGCGUGACCUCGGCAUCCCGGCCGGACCUCGCAUAAAGCUUAUGAAUGCCGUCGCGCUGUUGGCCAACGAUGACCCUGACGACAGGGAAAACGUGCCCAACGACUCAUACGCCGACGGUCCGAUUCUUACGCCGACCGAAAAGAUUGAAACGCGGCGACGACUCGUAAAGCAGUACAAGGCAUCCCUCGUGCGCCGCGUGCAGCAGUCGACGGUGCGCAUCGCAGUCCUCACGAUCGAUGGCCAGCUGCUCAACGUCGGGUCAGGCAUCAUUCUCCAUGAACGAGGCCUGGUCGCGACCGCCCGACACUGUCUCGUGAGCGAACAAUUUGAGUUCGACUGCAUCACCGACCCUGACUCGUUCAUGAUCCUGAUCGCACCGACCAUGUCGGCGAGCGAGCCACCCGCAUGGAAGUACCGCGCGACUGCGCUCCCCCAAUGCUGCCAUGAAGAACUCGACUAUGCGCUGCUUUGGAUUGACGUCGAAGUCGUAUCGGACCCACCGUGCGGGCUGUACAUCGGAGACGUCACGGAGCGCAGCAUCGCAAGCACUUGGACGGUCCGCCAGCUCGAGUCGUCCAACUUGGUGGUCAAGUUGCCGGCAGUGCCCAUCGGAAACUCAAACAAUGUCGAGCCCGGCGACGAAAUGUGGAUGUUUGGAUAUCCCAGCAGCGGCCACAAUACAAUCACAGUGCACCACGCGAUUUGCUCGGGCACCGACUCCCAGGGAUUCCAAGGCGUCGAGGUCCCCAAAGCCAUGCUGCGCACCGCCGCCCAACUCGACAAUGGGUUCUCCGGCGGCGCGGCGGUCGAUCGAAAGGGCCUGCUCGUCGGGAUCAUCUCGUUCAGUGUGCUCAGGCAAGAUCGCGUGCGAUCCAUCAACAUGAUCAAAGGCGCGAUCGAGCUCGCCAAGGCGGAGCGGCUCGGUGUCGAAGAAGAGUAGCUGCUCACCAUCAACUUGUUAAUGCAGUGUUUGGGACGAAGCUAGUUUAGCCGCAUGGUCGAGCUGUCCUAGUCGAGAAGAGGAAUUACUUGAGCACGUCCGGCACGACCCCAACGCUCCGAAGAAGCCAGAGGAG